AUGGAAACGCCUCCUCUGACCUGGUGUCUGCCCCUCCUCGUCCUCCUUCUUCCUCUGGCCAUACCCCGGCCUUCUGCAGCAGUGAACGACACUUCCACACUCACGUGCUUCUACAACUCAAGAGCCAACAUCUCCUGUGUCUGGAGCCAGCAUGGGGUCCUGCAGGCCACAGGCUGCCAAGUUCAUGCCCAACCCCAUAAGCGGCGGUGGAACGAAACCUGUGAUCUGUUCCCCACGAGGUUCCCGGAGUCCUGGGCUUGUAACCUGAUCCUCGGGCCUCCAAACUCUCAGAGACUGACAGCGGUGGACGUUGUCAACAUAAGCGUGAGGUGCCGCAAAGGGAAGAGGUGGUGGAUAGUGACAAGCCAGGAGUUCAAGCCCUUUGAGAACCUUCGCCUGAUGGCCCCCGACUCCCUCCAAGUUGUCCAUUUAGAGGCUCAUAGGUGCAACGUCACCUGGAUCCUCCCCCAGUUCUCCCACUACAUUGAACGUUAUCUGGAAUUUGAGGUCCGUACACAGCCCCUGGGCCACAGCUGGGAGUCGGCCUCCCUGCUGACCCUCGGGCAGAACCAGCAAUGGAUUUACCUGGAGACACUGGCUCCAGACACCUCCUAUGAGCUUCAGGUGCGGGCCAGGGCCCAUCAAGGCAGCAACACGACCUGGAGCCCCUGGAGCCAGCCGCUGGCCUUUAGGACAAGGCCCGAAGCCCCCGGGAAGACCUCGCCCCUUCCUUGGUUGGGCCACAUGCUCAUAGGCCUCAGUGGUGGAUUUGCCUUCAUCAUCUUAGUCUACCUGCUGGCCAACUGCCGGUACAUCGGGCCGUGGCUGAAGAAGGCUCUGAAGUGUCACAUCCCAGACCCCUCGGAGUUCUUUUCCCAGCUGAGCACAGAGCAUGGAGGAGAUUUCCAGAAGUGGCUCUCCUCGCCUUUCCCCUCAUCCUCCUUCAGCCCCAGCGGUCCAGCGCCCGAGAUCUCCCCUCUGGAGGUGCUGGAGAGGGACACCAAGGCCACACAGCUGCUCCUGCAGUCACAGGACAAAGCGCCCGCGCCCUCACCCAGCAGCCACUCCCACACCAGCUGCUUCACCAACCAGGGCUAUUUCUUCUUCCACCUCCCGGACGCCCUGGAGAUCGAGUCCUGCCAGGUGUACUUCACCUAUGACCCCUGUGCUGAGGAGCCCAGUGAGAGCAGGCCUGGGGCGUCCAUGGAGUCUCCCCUGCCGGCCCUGCCAUCUCUGUCAGGGGAGAACGAUGCCUACUGUACCUUUCCCCCCGGGGAAGACCUGCUGCUCUUCUCCCCUAAUCUUGCUGGCCCGGGCCCCAAAAACACUGCUCUUGGGGGCAGUGGGGCUGGGGAGGAGAGGCUGCCCUCCUCCCCUCAGGGGGGAGUUACUAGAGACUCAGACUCCAGACCUCUGGGGCCUCCUGCCCCAGGAGCACCCAACCCAGUGGCUGUCCAAUCGUUCUUGGAGCAGACUCUGAGAGAAGCUGGAGAGGAAGUUCCUGGCCCUGGCCCGGGUCCUGGGGAGGGGGCCAGUUCCCCCUGGGCCACCCUUCCCAGGCAGGGUCAGGCCAGGGCCCUCACUCCCUGCCUGGCCCCAAACACUGAUGCCUAUGUGUCCCUCCAAGAGCUCCAGGACCAGGACCCAGCUCACUUGGCAUAG